GUUGGCAGCAGUGUCGACUAUUGCAAAUGGUGGAUUGCGUUACUUUUUCUCGUGCUCCGUGUAAAAUAUUUACGUAAAAUAGUGUUAAUUUCGUUGUGCAGUGUUUCUGACUAAUAUAAACAUGUCGGAAACACUGCCGAAUAACAAAAAACAAGUUCCAAGACAGCUGCGUGAACGCAAACAACGCAAACUUUACUCUGAUGAGUGGGCCCUGGGAGAUGAUGAGGCCGAAGGAGGCCGGGGUUUCUCCCUGGCUGACAAGCUGGAGAGCCCAAGAUUUGAGCAUUCCGGUGCAGUGCUGGAAAUGCAUGGAACUGACCUGACCGUGUCAUAUCUACAGAAGAAUGGAUUUACCACGCCGCUGCUGUUUAAGGACAAAAAUGGAUUGGGACUCAGGGUCCCAACAAGCAACUUCACUGUGAACGAUGUGCGUAUGUGCGUCGGCUCUCGUCGCCUGCUGGACGUCAUGGAUGUUAAUACACAGAAGAAUAUCGAGAUGAAUAUGAAGGAUUGGCAGCGUUACUACGACGAUCCGAACAAGGAGCGCCUGUUGAACGUGAUCUCGCUAGAGUUCUCGCACACAAGGCUCGAGAACUACGUGCAGGCGCCGCGGAUCGUACGCCUCAUCGACUGGGUCGAUACCGUGUGGCCCAGACAUCUUAAGGAUCAGCAGACUGAAUCAACAAACGCGCUGGAUGAUAUGAUGUACCCUAAAGUUCAGAAGUACUGCCUUAUGUCCGUGAAGGGGUGCUACACAGAUUUCCACAUCGAUUUCGGAGGCACCUCCGUUUGGUAUCAUAUUUUACGAGGCGCCAAAGUAUUCUGGCUGAUCCCACCAACAGAGAAAAACUUGCAGCUCUACGAAAAAUGGGUCCUCUCUGGCAAACAGUCAGAUGUUUUCUUCGGCGACACAGUUGAGAAGUGCAUUAGAGUUCAUCUACAAGCGGGCCACACAUUCUUCAUCCCGACUGGUUGGAUUCACGCCGUCUACACACCGAGCGACUCCUUGGUGUUCGGCGGCAACUUCCUGCACCAGUUUGGUAUUGAAAAGCAGCUCAAGAUUGCUCAAGUUGAAGAUGUUACUAAGGUUCCGCAAAAGUUCCGCUACCCAUUCUUCACGGAGAUGCUAUGGUAUGUGCUGGACCGCUACGUGACGGCGCUGUUGGGCAGGUCGCAUCUCGCGCCCGAGGGACAGUCCUCUUUGACAGCGCCCAAAGAGCACGUGCAUCUCACGCAGAAUGAACUGCAUGGACUUAAGGCGAUAGUAAUGUACCUGCACCAACUGCCGGCGGCUCGCAAGUCAGUGCCGGAGCUGCUGUCGGAUCCGAUCGCCCUCGUCAAAGAUGUUCGCACAUUGGUGGAGCAGCACAGGCAUGAUAAACAGCAUCUAGCUGUUACUGGCGUACCGGUGCUUAAAGGUCCAGACGACGUGGUGUCGACAGAGCGUCGCCAGUCGAGCGGUCGCGGCGGGCGCGGCGGCGGGCGCGGCGGCGGCGCGGCGCGGCCCCGGCCUGAGCACGCCAACAACGCGCCACGCAGGAGACGCACACGAUGUAAGAAGUGCGAGGCAUGUCAGCGUACCGACUGCGGGGAGUGCGUGUUCUGCCACGACAUGGUCAAGUUCGGCGGACUCGGCCGCGCCAAGCAGACCUGCGUCAUGCGACAGUGCUUACAGCCGAUGCUACCAGUCACAGCGUCUUGUGCAGUGUGCCACCUCGACGGAUGGAUGCAGACACCAGUCGCACCGCAGGCUAAAGGCAAUAAUGGUCGCGCUGGUCCGUCGACGCUGCGCGAGUGCUCGGUGUGCUACAGCAUCGUGCACCCCGCCUGCGUGCCGCCGGGCGGGCAGCUCAACGAGGACCUGCCCAACUCCUGGGAGUGCCCCACCUGCACCACCAUGGGUCUCAACCAUGACUAUAAGCCCCGUCAUUUCCGAGCGCGUCAAAAAUCAUCGGACCUCAGGCGAAUGAGCGUGGGUUCUGACGUCGGACAAAUCGGUCAUGGUUUACAGAAUAAAACACCAGCGCCGACGUCACAGUCGCAAAUCAAAUCGGAAGCCGGUUCGGAUACAGAGAGCAAGAAUGAGGUGCCACAUAUCAAGUCUGAGGAUGAAAUAAAGCGCGAGGAAGAAGGCAACCCUGGCGGCGGCGAGGGCGAGGGCUGGGAGCCGCCCGUGAAGAAGCGCCGCGCCAGCGACGAGGACGAGGCGCCCAAGAAGCAGGCGCUGCGGGCACAUCUCGCGCUGCAGCUCACGCACCACUCCGCUAAGAUAAUGAAGAAGCCGAUGUACCCGAUCCGCCCCGCCCCGACGCCGACUGGUCAGGGCGGCGGCGCGUGGCUGGAGCGCGAGGCGAUGCUGUGCGUGUUCGCCAAGCUGUCGCCGCACGACCUCGCCGUCUGCGCGCUCGUCUGCAAGGCCUGGGCUGAGUACUCCAUGGAUCCGUCACUGUGGCGCAGCAUGUCGUUCGUACAAGUGCGUGUUUCGGCGGCACAGCUGGCCGGCAUCGCGCGACGACAGCCGCUCUCGCUCGGCCUCGAGUGGUGCCAUCUCGCCAGGAGACAGCUCGCAUGGUUACUAGCCCGACUACCAGCCCUCCGCUCGCUCUCACUAGCCGGGUCCCCAGCAGAAGCCGCACUAGCACUCCGUAGCGGCGCAUGUCCACCACUGACGGCGCUGGACCUAUCAUUCGCGCGGGCCCUAGACGACGCGAAGCUGCGCGGCAUCCUGGCGCCGCCCGAGUCGUCGCGGCCCGGCGGCGGUAACACGCGCGCAGAGCCGUCGCGGCUGGCGGCGCUGGCCGUGCUGCGCCUGCCCGGCACCGACAUCACGGACGUGGCCAUGCGCUACGUGGUGCAGGCGCUGCCCAAGCUGGUGGAGCUGGACGCGUCGUCGUGCGCGCGCCUCACGGACGCCGGCGCCGCGCAGCUCGCGCACCACGGCCUGGCGCGGCUCUCGCUGGCGGGCUGCCGCCUGCUCACCGAGGCCGCGCUCGACCACCUCGCGCGCUGCCCCAACCUCGUGCGACUGGAUCUCCGACAUGUGCCUCUGGUGUCAACGCAAGCCGUCAUCAAAUUCGCGGCCAAGUCGAAGCACAACCUGCAUGUUAAGGACGUUAAACUGGUGGAGCUACGGAAGACCUGAUCCGAGGACGAGUCGGCGCCGCCGCCCGAGGCCGCGCCGACCGACGCGCAAGCCGACGCCAAGUCGGACGCGCCGUCGGACGAUAAGUCGGAUGCGAAGUCCGACGCGAAGUCGGAUGCGCCGUCGGAGGCGCGGUCAGAAGCACAGUCGGACGCUCCCUGAACAGUGAUAUAGAAUAGUGAGUGACGGUGUGUUGGUCGCAUACCAAGCGUUCGGUUGCUACGAGACAAAUAACGUUCGCUUCACGUUGUUGAUAUUUUAAGUUAGCACAUUCUAGUCUAGUUCUACAUCAUCGACCCUACAAAUAGUCCGCAAUCAACUAUUGUCUUCUUUCGUGACAGCUUCAAGUACUUAAUUCUAAUUGGCAUUUAUCCUAUGAUUGGUAAGUUUUGUACUUUUUUCUAGACACUUCUUUACUUGUGUCAGAAUCUAAAAAUAUAUUUUGUAGUAGUUAUGUUUCGCACAACAUAUCAAACUAUGCUAUCAACACACAGUUUCUACAAAUUAAUGUAGAUAUUUUUGCAAAGACUUGAUGCCUACCCUGGUACUAUUGUUAACGUGAUACGAUUUCUGAAUUAGGAAAAAUAUUAUUAGGGAAAGAUUUGGUUAGAAGUACUCAAAAUUAAAUCAAAAACAAAUGUUCAAAUUUAUCAAUUUUAGUUAAUAAAUAUUGUUUGUAUUUUCAAUUCUGCAAUACAAUGACUCGUGCCAACAUAUAGUUUCUAUAUGACAAAGCACAUUUAUCACUGCACAAUCAAAUGAAUAUAUUAUAGUUAUAUAUAUUAAUUUUAUUGCAUGCUGUUGCAUCGGUAUUAUAAUAUUUUAUUGUUAGUUUUACGUUUGUAUUUCAUUUACGUGAAGACCAUUCGGACCAUAAGAGGCUCCCAUUUAAAAAUAUUGACUGAAAAUUACUGAAAUUAUUGUUGAAACUUGUAAAAUAGCAUUUUUGCAAUAUCAUUCGGAACUGUGACGAGAAAGUAUAUUUUUAUUAACUUUGUAAGGUUAUUGCACAAUAGAUACACAAUGUAGACUAUACAUUGUGUACCCAUUGUCCAAGUUGUGUGUGAUAUUGCAGCCUAACACUAUAUUUACGUAUCUGUGACUAUAUUUCCCGCAAUAUUUUCGUUGUAAAUAGCAUUUUAUUUUAUUUAUUAAACAAUAAUUUUCCUUAAGAAAGCUAAGUUUUAGUUACAUGACAAUUCAAAAUUGCUUAGGUUGUAUUUUUUAGUUCUAGUCCCUUUGUAGGUUUAAGCUGUAAGUUCUGUGACGAUGGUUCAUUUAUGUGAAAGAAAGUAUUAUUGAUGUGAACUGUGAUUGGCAUGGAGACGGUCUGUUUACACAUAUAUCAGCAUUUUGUCUCACUAUCGUCUUCAUAGAGACAUUUUUAAGUUCACAGAGUUAUUCUGUCGCUGUUUCGCUCAUUAUUAAACAUGCUUACAUCCAAA